UGAACCACGAUCGUAUUUUCAGCCAGCUUUCUCUUAAAUCAUAUCCUAGCUCGAGCGAGCUUGCAAAUUGGAAAGAUAUGAUCCAAGAGAAAAACCGAUUACUCCUAAUAGGUGACUUUCUUCCCAUCCGAUUUUGCUUUCCUUGUUGUUUACUUUCCUCACUCUUACCUGUUUCUGCAGCUUCAGUUGAUACUGAAUCCGAAGCCAUCGAAUCAGAGAAUGAUUCUGCUGAUGCCGCAGUUCUUCAUGGUGCUGCAGCAGAAGCUGAAAGGCGGGAAGCCGGGGAAGGGACAGACGUCUCAGAAUCUCUUGGGGAUUCAGGAGCCGAAGAAACAAUUAAAGAAAUAGCCAAAGAUACGACCAAAGCAUCUAAAAGAAAGAGGGUGGCCAUAACUAAAACCACAAUCUCUGAUCCGGCACUUCCUUCAGCAACCACACGACCAAUUCUUACCCGAAAGAGUAAGCGGGCAAGAGUCACCGUGCCUCCUAAACCAGCAGCCCCAUCUGCUCCUGUUUCUGAAGCGGGUAAAGAGACAGAACAAUCUUCCAGACCUCAAGCUUCUAAAAGGUCAACCCUUGCUUCUAAGAAGGAAUCACGAAGGGCUGCUACGCUUAAAGAGGUAUGACUUCUAUCUUUAUACUUUCUUAUUUUCAAACCUUUCUGAAUUUUGAAUAAUUUGGC